CAGCAGGAGCAGGUGGUUCUUGGUCAUAUGAUGUUGUUAGCCAAGGCUGAGGAGCAGCAACAUCUGAGCUAAAUCACAGCCCACAUCACUCCCUACGUUGAAAGGCGCCUGCAGCUGACACGCCACCAACCAUCAGGCAGAAUGUCGUACGGGUCCAUUGACGGAGGCUCCUUCGGCAGUCGCAACCCAUUUGGAGGUCCUACGAGGCAGGGUUACCAGCCAGUAGUUGUUACACUAGAGAAGAAUCUUCAGUCACUGGGGACAUCUAGAGAUACAGCAGAGCUACGGCAGAGUCUACACUCCAUGCAGCAGCAAACCAACAAAGUCAUCACCAGCACAAGCCAGCUCAUCAAACAGCUCUCUGAUAUAAUCAGCGGUUCUUCACGGCAAGACCGUCUGCGCCUGACCAGACUAAAGACUGAACUCUCAGAGUCUGUGCAGCGCUAUGGGGAUCUACAGAAGAAAAUUGCAGAGCGCUCAAGGGCCUUGCUCCCUCCAGCACAGAAAGACAAGCGGAAGAGUCCUCAGACCCCGUCCACUGAACAGAUGGACGAGGGUCCACUGUUUGGAGAAGCGGUAGGCUCGGAGGGAGGAGCUCAGGCCUUCUUGUCUGAGAUCAGUGAGGAGGACGUGGAGGUGCUUCGCCAAAGAGAGGAAGCCCUGCUGCAGAUUGAAACAGCAUCGAAGAUUACAUCCAGACUGCAUCAUCCAACGUGGAAUCAGCCAAUCAGGAGCUUGCAAAGGCCAACCAAUACCAGAGGCAGCUGAGGAAGAGGAAGUGCUACCUCCUGGUGGCCGGAGCAAUUUUCCUCACCAUCCUCAUCAUCAUCAUUGCUGUUUCGGCAAGAAAAUGAGACUGGCCACCGUGGUAGCUGCUGUCAUUACAGUGUCACCACGGCGCUCCUGCCCAGUCUGAUCCCUGACCUGAGCAGCUGGUUUCCAGUAGGAGGGAGCUGCCCUGCAAGAACAUCUCUACUCCAUCAUCCCUGCCUCUGUUUACAUGUGGACCAGUCUGGGGAUGGAGGCCUUUCUCAGCAUAACAAUUUGUCAAGAGUUAGCCCCAGUCUGAGCCUCUCAUGUAAUCAUCAUUGUGCUUUUUGUUUUAAUGCUGUGGAUGUUUUCUGUGACUUGAAUGUUAUCAUCAAAGCUAUAGUCACAAAUGUGAAUUUACCCUUCGGAAGUCCCACCCCUUUUUGGCUCUGUCCUCCAGUAACAGCCUUGAUCAGAACCUCGGUCAACCUUUUCUGGACUGAGGUAUGCUAUGUGCUUGGCUCGUCUAUGUUGAAAAGACAACCACAUUUUAAAGAUGAUUUAAAAAAUAAAAGCGAUAUAUUACAUCUUAACUUAGCUAGCUAAUAUUAGCAAAAUGGUAAACGCUUACUAUCUAGCUAAUUUAAUCUAAUAUAAUCAAUUGUUUGCUAGUUACAUCUGAAAGCUAAUGUUAGCAAAAGGUAACCAGCUAGUUAAUUUACAUUAUUUGUUAGUUAGCUAGUUAGCUAAUUUUAUGCUAACAUUAGCUAACUUAAUAUGUGAAUAUAUAUUGCUUUUAUCUUUUUAACCAUCUUUAAAAUUACAUCAGUGACCUAUUAUUGAAGCACAGAGCAAAAAGGGUUGGGACUUAGGAGGGAACAAUAGCUUGUUUGUAGGUGACACCAUGUCACUGUGUUCUUGUGGCGCAAACUGCUGAUGGAGGGCAUGAAGUGCUUUUCUACACAGGAAGCACUAUCACAAACACUCAAAAACAGAAAACGCAGAUAAAAAUGGCAAAUGCAAGUUCUGUUGACAGGGCAGCAGCAAAACGUAGCCUAUUUUAAACUAUCUAUAUAGGGUUAGUUGUACACUAUAUUCAGAAUAUUUUCACCACUUUACCUUGCCGUCAGACAGCACCUUUCAAACAGGGAACUGAAGCCAUUAUAUCCAUCUAUGCUCUCUUCAAAGCCAGACCCCUUUGACAACAGUCAUUUUACCUGGUCACAAACAAACUAAGCGAUUGAAGGAGGGGUAGACCAGGAAGUCCUGUGUACUGCAGGGUUAAAGUAGAUGUGUUUUUAUCAAAAUAAGUCUGGUGGCUUUGAACGUGAACUGAAUUUCACGCUUCAUCAGAAUCACGUGACUGCAAACAAGCUAUUCGGUGAUUAGAUCAGAGGCACAAGCUGGGGUGUUUUAUGUCUUGGUACAUGGAGGGUUACAGUUGUAUAUCACACACACCUUUCAGCUCCUAACUUUGGUGUUUUAUCAGAAAAGCAGAUGAAAGUGGAACAGGAGUUUCAGGGUGAGACGAGGCAGCUUUAGCUUUACUGUCUUUACUGCUGUACUGUAUGCUCUGUUUCUUUUAUGUAUUUUUACUGAAAUUAACUUAAUAUUUAUCAGCUUGUAGUGUAAUUUAAGCAGUAUUAUACUGUAGCGUUUGUAUUUAGUAACUAUUGUUUGACCAAAUAUAUCUCCCCAAUAAAAGUCUAAGUUCAGGAGCAAGAAAAA